AUGCCUGAGUCGACUGGACUGUUGGCUGGUGUUUUCAACUAUGUGGCUCGUGAAUUCGAGUCUUUCGUUGUUCAUGCCACUGGUGGACCUAACGCUGAGACGGACGAAGACGAGCAACUGACCAACGUCUCUGUAUCGUCUGGAACUGCAGGGAGACGCUCCAAGACACGUCGUGCUGCCGGUGACUCUCCUCACUCAACUCGCUCUCCCUCUCCAUCUCCAACCGCUAUUCCUUCUAUUCUACGGCGUCGACACUCAAUUAGCAUGCCCGGAUCUCUGUUCCCCCGCACAUCGUCUCUUGAACCAGACUCGCCGCCCGCUCAAAGUCUUUCUGUUCGUUUUGCAUCGGACGUCCCAGAAAUGCGCGGAGUGGAUGUCCUAAUAUCUCGCUCAGACAAAAAUUUAGCAAAACGAGAGCUUGAAUUAGGCACGCGGUACUCUGCAGCUGAAAAGGGGAAGGCACGCGCAACAGAAUCGGACUUGGACGUCGAAACGCCUGGCGUCAGAGUGGACUCGCGGGAAACAUCAAUACUAGCUCACGAUCGUGAACGAGAACUUGACAAGGAGAAGAUUCGUCUGUUAGAGGAGGAAGUUUCGCGUCUAAAACAUCAACUGUCGACUCACUCUUUCGAUUUUGUUUCGCCACCGCCACCGCCACCACCGCCACCGCCGCUCCCUCCUCCAAAUGUCGGCAUCCGCGCACCUACAGCUCUAUAUGGAGCCGCUCGAGCGUCUCUCAAGUCUAAAAUGGCGGAAGAGGAGUCUUUAAAUCAAGCUAUAGUGCCUCGUCGGCAGGGCAUGCCCACAGUUGGCGUCCCAGCAGAGAAAAUGGCCGAUUUCCUCGCAGAGAUGAAGACAGUUCGUCUCAAAAAGACGCCAUCGUUCAUUGGAACAGAGCAAGCAUCAAGUCCUUCGAUCUCGAAUAGUGCAGGAUCGAUGGACAAUCGUGCAAACAAAAGUCGUCUCGGAUCACGUAAUGCUGAGAUCUUGCGUAAAUUGGGACAGUCGACGAGCAAAUCCAAUGCGUCCAUUUCGAACCAUAGGUGGUCUGGGGAAAUCGGUCGCAGUUUCUCUUUUGAACCUUCUAUCCAGGAGACAGUCGGCGAGAAACGGAAACGCAUUGCAGAGAUGGAAUCUGACAGCGACGGCAUCUACCAACCCCAAGCGAAGCGCCGUUCUUCUUCGUCAGCUAGUUUGCCUUACUCAACUUCCUCCACUAUCAUAUCCGAGUCCUACCCACCUUUGCGUCAUGCUCCGCCUCAAGACACACCCUCUCUCUGCUCGGAUGUAGGUAGAGAAGAUGAGGACGACUCUGACGACCGGUUUCCGUCAACACCUCCUCUUCCAAUUAUGCCAGGUCGCAAAGUUUUUGUACGGGCUCCCGGUCAACGUCAGGUCGACGUUGAUAUGACCGACGAUAAUACCAUUACACCUCCGAGAUCGAAAAGUACAGAUAUGUUUGCAAUGCGACCCCCAACUUCACCAAUGCCACCAGUCGAGCAAAUGUCUCCCCGCAAGCCACGUCCUCCUGGUCGUACCCCUAGAAGACCACCAGCGACUCUGACUGUUGAUGACGACGAGGAUGAGCUCAGCAUCGGAUUUGGACGUUCUUUGUCGAAGAAUAAGCCAUUGCCCUCGCUUUCACGAUCGAGCAAGGCAUCUUCCGUAGGCUCAACUUCUUCUCUCGCAAGAAAAGCACGCCAUCAACCGACGCUUGAAGAAGAACUACGCAAUGCCUCCUGGUCUGAAGAGGAUUUAGACAGUGGGGUCCUGAUUGGUGUAGGGGGACGGCCUCAGAACCACAGCUUUUUAGCGCGAGGAGGGGCCGGUGGCGAACCUGUUGUCAUGGGCGUCGGUUACAUUCAACCUAAAAUACCGAACAGUAGACGGAAAGGAAAGAGCAGGAAAUGA